AUGGUCCUGAUCGACAAGCAGGAGUACCUCACGCAGGAAGAGAAACGUCUCAAGGAAGAUCGGGAACGCACUCAUUACUGGAAGAAAUGGGGUCCUUACGUGGCUGAGCGACAAUGGGCUACCGUGCGCGAGGAUUACUCUGAGGACGGUGACGCUUGGAGCUACUUUACCCACGAUCAUGCGCGGUCGCGAGUCUUUCGCUGGGGCGAAGAUGGUAUCGCCGGUGUGUCUGACACGCAUGGCCUGCAGAACAUUGCAUUUUCAUUUUGGAACGGAGAAGAUGAUUUCCUGAAGGAGCGCCUCUUUGGAUUGUCGAACCCUCAAGGUAAUCAUGGUGAGAGUAUCAAGGAGUGCCACUUCCAUCUAGACAAUACCCCGACGCAUUCCUACAUGAAAUUCCUCUACAAGUACCCCCAGAAGAAGUUCCCUUACCAGGAUCUGGUCGACGAAAACGCCAAGCGAACUCGAUUCGAGCCAGAAUAUCAGCUCCUCGACACCGGGAUCUUUGAGGAUAACCGAUACUGGGACAUUUUCAUCGAGACUGCCAAGGAAAGUGAUGACGAAGAGGAGCUUAUCUUCCGAGUUAUUGCGUACAACCGGGGUCCCGAGCCAGCCCAUCUGCACAUUAUCCCCCAAGUCUGGUUCCGGAACACUUGGUCUUGGGGUUAUGAGAAGGAAAAAGCCAAGCCUACUAUUAAGCAAGAAGGCGACCGAAUUGCGAAAUCCGAUCAUCGCAAACUUGGCGAGCGUUAUGUUUGCUUCGCUCCUUCGCCUCCCGUCGGAUCCAGUGAGGAGGAUAUCCAGCCACGAAUGCUUUUCACCGAGAACGAGACCAACAACCAAAUGCUUUGGAGUACCGAGAAUGAUCAGCCAUACGUCAAGGAUGCUUUCCAUCGCCAUAUCGUGGACGAGGAGAAGGAUGUCGUUAACCCUGCCAAUGAAGGUACCAAGUUUGGUGCGUGGUAUGCAUUCGACGAGGGUGAGGGUGUGCCUCCAGGAGAAUGUGCCGUUGUUCGAUUCCGCUUCUCCCGGAAGAAGGUCGAGUUCGUGGAUGAGGAGAUUCUGGAUGAUGUGAUCGAACAGCGCCGUGCCGAGGCGGACGACUUCUAUUACCGUAUCAGCCCUCUUCCCAUGAGCGAUGAUCUGCGAAACAUCCAGCGCCAGGCCUUCUCUGGUAUGAUGUGGUGCAAGCAGUACUACAACUUUAUCUGGGAUCAAUGGAGCAAUGGUGACCCAGCUGAGAUCCCUCCUCCUGCUGGUCGCAAGGGCAUUCGCAAUGAACAAUGGCGGCAUCUCUACAUCGACGACAUCCUGUCGAUGCCCGAUUCCUGGGAGUAUCCUUUCUUCGCCGCAUGGGAUACCGCUUUCCACUGUAUCCCCCUGGCAAUGAUCGAUCCCGACUUUGCCAAGAAGCAGUUGGACCUCCUCACUCGUGAAUGGUACAUGCACCCCAACGGUCAACUUCCCGCCUACGAGUGGAACUUUGGAGACGUUAACCCACCGGUCCAUGCCUGGGCUGUCUUCCGCACGUUCAAAAUCGAGCGGAAGAUGUAUGGCCGGCAAGACUUGGAUUUCCUCGAGCGCGUCUUCCAGAAGCUCCUCCUGAACUUCACCUGGUGGGUGAAUCGGAAGGACUCGGAUGGCAAGAACGUUUUCGAGGGAGGUUUCUUGGGCCUGGAUAAUAUUGGUUUGUUCAACCGCUCAGAGCCUCUGCCUACAGGCGGUGUUCUUGAGCAAGCAGACAGCACUGGUUGGAUGGCGUUCUACUGUCUGACUAUGAUGAACAUUGCAUUGGAGCUUGCCAAACACCGUCGCACCUACGAGGACAUUGCAUCCAAGUUCUUUGAACACUUCAUCCUUAUCAGUGAUGCUAUGACCUAUCGGUCUGGCGAGGACAGCAUCAAGUCACUCUGGAAUGAGGAAGACAACUUCUACUAUGAUGCCAUUUCAUACGGUGGUCCCUGGACUCAGCAGCUACCUAUCCGAUCGCUGGUCGGUCUGAUCCCGCUGUACGCUGUCCUUACGCUCGAACCAGAGAUCAUCAAGAAAUUCCCCUCGUUCAAACGACGACUUGACUGGUUCAUCGAAAACAAGUCCGACGUUGUCGAGCGUAACAUUGCCAGCAUGAAGACCCGCGGCAAGGACGACCGCCUUCUCCUCUCCCUGGUCAGCAAGGACAGACUUGAGAAGAUCUUGAGGCGCAUGCUGGAUGAGACAGAAUUCUUGUCCGAGCACGGCAUCCGCUCCUUGUCAAAGUUCCACGAGAAAAACCCAUACUCCAUGGACGUCAAUGGCCAAACCUUCAAGGUUGGCUAUGUGCCCGGUGAUUCGGACAGCGCCCUCUUCGGUGGUAACAGUAACUGGCGUGGCCCUAUCUGGCUCUGCGUCAACUUCUUGCUCGUCGAGUCUUUGCUGCGCUUCUACAUGUUCUACGGCGACUCGUUCAAGGUGGAGUGUCCCACUGGAUCAGGUGAUUACAUGCAUCUUGGGCACGUUGCGGAAGAGCUGCAGCAUCGUAUGCAGCAUCUCUUUGCUCGUAACGAUGAGGGUCGCCGUGCUAUCAACGGCCAAUCGGAUCUGCUCGACUUUGACGAGAACUGGAAGGAUUACCUCUGGUUCAACGAAUUCUUUGAUGGCGAUACCGGCCGUGGCCUGGGUACAUCCCACCAGUGCGGUUGGACUGGUUUGAUUGCCAAGAUCAUUCAUGACACUGGUCUCAACUGCCGUCUCCCCCAAACCCCACGCUCCCCCUUCGCCGCAGCAUCCCACUACUUCGAUGACAUGUUCUCUCGCUCCGGCCGCCGCCGCAGCCAAGGCCGUCCCGUCAUUAGACGCUCCUCCACAAACCGUUCUAUCGGAAACAGAAGUGACUUCAACUCCACAAUCGCAGGCGACGCCACGCCCGCUGCCUCGACAGUCCUCGAUGACGAAGAUAGCAGCAGACCCCUCAGUCGCCGGGAUAGCAGCUCGGCUUUCCCUCAGAACGGGGACAGCGAUGAACAUCUGCACAACUAUGUUGAGAGUCAGCUGCAGCGUGUUCGUAGCUCGGCGUCUAUCGCGGAGGGGUAUGAGGAUGAGCUUGAGACGCAGGCUGAUAAGCAGAAUGGGGAUUAUUAG